UCAAGACAAGAGACACUUCCGGCGGGGCGCCGUUGCCGUGGUUGCCGAAGGGCGGGCUUGAGGCCUACGUCGGGAAGCGUGCAGUUAAAAAGAAACGAAAAAGAAGGUGGGGGGGAAUCUCUUUCACGUGCAAGGUGGGGGUCUGUGCCCGAGAAGAGGAAGAAACUGAGGAGAAGAUGCAGAACUGAUGACUUACACUGAAUGGUGGAGUCUUGAUUCUCAUUUUGGGCACUGAAAUCCUCACUGGAGCUAUUUGCUGAUUUGGGGUGGCUCAUACAUUUCAUUGCAGACCAUUACAUACCCACAUAAUUGUCCAGGAGAAUGACCCAGGCCGAAAUCAAGCUUUCUUCUCUUCUGCUCUGUGAACAUUUUGGUGAAAUUGUGGAAAAGGUUGGAACACAGCUCAUCCGUAUGGGGGGACAGACGUUAUGGAUGAUUGCCCACAACACAGGCAUGUCGCUUGACCAGGUCCGGAAGGCUCUCUGUGUCCUCAUCCAACACAACUUGGUGAUGUUCCAGCAGCAGAAGCGAGGCCUGGUAGAGUAUGAAGCCCAACGUAGCCGAGUACUGCGGAUCCUCCGCUAUCCCCGCUAUAUUUAUACAGCCAAGACUCUCUACAGUGACACAGGUGAACUGAUUGUGGAGGAGUUGCUACUCAAUGGUAAAAUGACAAUGAGUGCUGUGGUGAAGAAGGUGGCUGACCGACUGACAGAGACAAUGGAAGAUGGUAAAACAAUGGAUUACAGUGAAGUCUCCACCACCUUUACGUGCCUGGCAGACACACAUUUUGUUCAGAGAUGCCCUUUACCUCCUGAAGGUUCUGAGUCUACAGAGACUCUGCCUUCUCCUGCACCCACAUUGGUCUGUAAUGAGAAGGACAUGUAUGCUGUUCCAAAGCUGAACCUCAUAGGAAAGGGAAAGCGGAAGCAUUCAGACAACACCAAGGAAGACGGUGAACGAGCAGGAAAGCGCUCAAAGAAAGACACAGAAAGCAAAGAGCCUCCUCCAGACAGUGGAAUCUACUGGCAAGUCAACAUUGACCGUUUCCACCAGCACUUUCGGGAUCAAGCGAUUGUCAGUGCUGUGGCCAACAGAAUGGACCAGACCAGUAGUGAAAUUGUCCGGACAAUGUUGCGAAUGAGUGAAGUCACAACCUCUUCUAAUGCCCCCUACACCCAGCCACUCUCUUCCAAUGAGAUAUUCCGAUUACUUCCGACUGGUUACAACAUCUCCAAGCAGAUUCUUGAUCAGUACCUAACCUUACUGGCAGAUGACCCUCGCCGGCCUCCUUCCCACCGCUGCGUCACCAAUUGCCGCAAAGCACACGGAGUACCUCCAUCGCAAAGCAGCCAGUCUGGGCACCCAGCAAUGCAACCAUCCAGCCGCUGCCACCACCAGCUCCAAUCCCUCAAGGCCAAUUCUCUAAGCCACGACGCAGGUAAGGGGAUAAGCCUUGGGCACCCUGCGCAGUUCUGCCCCAAGCUGCCAAGUAGCCUGACAAGGGAUGCAAGCCGCUUGGGCCAGAUAGAGGGCCAAUCCAGCUCGGUCCAGUCAGGAAACGACUCCAGAAGACUUCACCACCACAUGGUCCAAAACAGUAAGCCUCCGGCCAUCUGCCACAUACUAAGAUCCUCCAGCCGAGAGCACCCAUUCCAGACAAGCAUGCUGACUUGGCACCAUAAUGGGGAAACAAAAUGUUUUCUGCCUUACUAGUAUUUGAAAAAUGCUUCAGGAAUGUGGUGUCCUUUUGGUUUCCUUUUUUCAGACCUGAGAGACUUCUAUAUUCAGCCCUUUAUU